AUGGCGCCGCCGAGGCCGCGGCCGCCGCUGCUGCUGCUGCCUGCCGGGGGGCCCCGGGGGUCCCGCCGCCGCCGCCGCCGGCGCGCGCGCACGGCCCCCGCGCGCGGCGCGGACGCGCGGGGCCCCCCGGCGCGCGGCUCUGCUGCUGCCCCGCCGGCCGCGCGGCGCUCGCGGCGCCGACCGCCCGCGCCGCCCGCAGGUGCCCGCCGCCGCCGCGCGCCGUCCGGGGGGCCUGGCCGCGACCCCCGGCGGGGGGCGGCGGGCGCGGCGCGCCGGGCCCGCCGGGGCGCGGGCGGCGGCCGCACCAGCCCGCAGUUCCCGCUGCCCAGCUACCAGGUGUCGGUGCCCGAGAACGAGCCGGCGGGCACGCCGGUCAUCGAGCUGCGCGCGCACGACCCCGACCCCGGCGACGCGGGGCGCCUGAGCUACCAGAUGGAGCCGCUCUUCGACGAGCGCUCGGGCGCCUUCUUCGCCAUCGACCCCGCCACGGGCGCCGUGCGCACGGCGCGCGCGCUCGACCGCGAGACCAAGGACACGCACGUGCUCAAGGUCAGCGCGCUGGACCACGGCUCCCCGCGGCGCUCGGGGGCCACCUACCUCACCGUCACGGUGGGCGACACCAACGACCACGCGCCCGCCUUCGAGCAGGCCGAGUACCGCGAGCGCGUGCGCGAGAACCUGGAGGUGGGCGCCGAGGUGCUGACCAUCCGCGCCACCGACGGCGACGCGCCGGCCAACGCCGACCUGCGCUACCGGCUGCUGCGCGGCGCGCGCGGCGUCUUCGAGAUCGACGCGCGCUCGGGCGUGGUGCGCACCCGCGCCGCGCUGGACCGCGAGGAGGCGGCCGCCUACCAGCUGCUGGUGGAGGCCACGGACCAGGGCCGCAGCCCCGGCCCGCUCAGCGCCACGGCCACCGUGCACAUCGCCGUGGAGGACGAGAACGACAACUACCCGCAGUUCAGCGAGGCGCGCUACGUGGUGCGCGUGCCCGAGGACGUGGCCGUGAACACGCCCGUGCUGCGCGUGCGGGCCACGGACCGCGACCAGGGCCAGAACGCCGCGGUCCACUACAGCAUCGUCAGCGGCAACCUGCGCGGCCAGUUCUACCUGCACGCGCUCAGCGGCAGCCUGGACGUCAUCAACCCGCUGGACUUCGAGGCCAUCCGCGAGUACACGCUGCGCGUCAAGGCGCAGGACGGCGGCCGGCCGCCGCUCAUCAACGCGUCGGGGCUGGUGGCCGUGCAGGUGCUGGACGUCAACGACAACGCGCCCAUCUUCGUCAGCAGCCCCUUCCAGGCGGCCGUGCUGGAGAACGCGCCCCUGGGCCACUCGGUGCUGCACAUCCAGGCGGUGGACGCGGACGCGGGCGAGAACGCGCGGCUGCGCUACCGCCUGGUGGGCACGGGCGCGGCCGCGGCGGGGGCGGCGGGCGACCCCGACGCUGACCCCGGGGGCACCGCGGGUGCCGCGGCCGCCGCCGCCGCCGGGGACUUCCCCUUCCAGAUCCACAACAGCUCGGGCUGGAUCACCGUGUGCGCCGAGCUGGACCGCGAGGCCGUGGAGCACUACAGCUUCGGCGUGGAGGCCGUGGACCACGGCUCCCCGCCCAUGAGCUCCUCGGCCAGCGUGUCCGUCACCGUGCUGGACGUGAACGACAACGACCCCGCCUUCACGCAGCCCGCCUACGCGCUGCGGCUGAACGAGGACGCGGCCGUGGGCAGCAGCGUGCUGACCCUGCGCGCCGUGGACCGCGACGCCAACAGCGUCAUCACCUACCAGCUCACGGGCGGGAACACGCGCAACCGCUUCGCGCUGAGCAGCCAGAGCGGCGGCGGCCUCAUCACGCUGGCCCUGCCGCUGGACUACAAGCAGGAGCGCCAGUACGUGCUCUCGGUGACCGCCUCGGACGGCACGCGCGCGCACACGGCGCAGGUCUUCAUCAACGUCACCGACGCCAACACGCACCGGCCCGUCUUCCAGAGCUCGCACUACACGGUCAGCGUCAGCGAGGACCGCCCGGCCGGCACGGCCAUCGCCACCAUCGGCGCCACCGACGAGGACACGGGCGAGAACGCCCGCAUCACCUACGUGCUGGAGGACCCCGUGCCCCAGUUCCGCAUCGACCCCGACUCCGGCACCGUCUACACCACCGCCGAGCUGGACUACGAGGACCAGGCGGCCUACACGCUGGCCAUCACGGCCCGGGACAACGGCAUCCCGCAGAAGUCGGACACCACGUCGCUGGAGGUCCUGGUGCUGGACGCCAACGACAACGCGCCCCGCUUCCUGCGGGACCUCUACCAGGGCUCCGUGCUGGAGGACGCGCCGCCGUCCACCAGCGUGCUCCAGGUCUCGGCCAGCGACCGCGACUCGGGCCCCAACGGCCGCCUGCUCUACACCUUCCAGGGCGGGGACGACGGGGACGGCGACUUCUACAUCGAGCCCACGUCCGGCGUGAUCCGCACCCAGCGCCGGCUGGACCGGGAGAACGUGGCCGUGUACCGCCUGCGGGCGCUGGCGGUGGACCGGGGCAGCCCGGCGCCCCUCAGCGCCUCGGUGGACGUGCAGGUGACCGUGCUGGACAUCAACGACAACCCGCCCGUGUUCGAGCGGGACGAGCUGGAGCUGUGGGUGGAGGAGAACAGCCCCGUGGGCUCGGUGGUGGCCCGCAUCCGCGCCCACGACCCCGACGAGGGCGCCAACGCCCAGAUCAUGUACCAGAUCGUGGAGGGCAACGUGCCCGAGGCCUUCCAGCUGGACCUGCUGAGCGGCGACCUGCGCGCGCUGGUCGACCUGGACUUCGAGGCGCGGCAGGAGUACGUGCUGGUGGUGCAGGCCACCUCGGCGCCCCUGGUCAGCCGGGCCACCGUGCGCGUCCGCCUGCUGGACCAGAACGACAACCCGCCGCUGCUGCCCGACUUCCAGAUCCUCUUCAACCACUACGUCAGCAACAAGUCCGGCAGCUUCCCCACGGGGGUCAUCGGCCGCGUGCCCGCGCACGACCCCGACCUCUCUGACCGCCUCUCCUACGCCUUCCUGCGGGGCAACGAGCUGCGGCUGCUGCUGCUGGACGCGGCCACCGGCGAGCUGCAGCUCAGCCGGGACCUGGACAGCAACCGGCCGCUCGAAGCGCUCAUGGAAGUGUCCGUGUCCGACGGCGUCCACAGCGUGGCGGCCCUGUGCACCCUGCGCGUGACGGUCAUCACGGACGCCAUGCUGAGCAGCAGCAUCACGGUACGCCUGCAGGGCAUGUCCCAGGAGCGCUUCCUGUCGCCGCUGCUGGCGCUGUUCGUGGAGGGCGUGGCCACGGUGCUGUCCACGGCCCGGGACCACGUCUUCGUCUUCAACAUCCAGAACGACACGGACGUGAGCGCCAGCAUCCUGAACGUGACCUUCUCGGCGCUGCUGCCCGGCGGGGGCCGCGAGCGCUUCUUCGCCUCCGAGGACCUGCAGGAGCGCAUCUACCUGAACCGCUCGCUGCUGGCCGCCGUGUCCGCCCAGCGCGUGCUGCCCUUCGACGACAACAUCUGCCUGCGCGAGCCCUGCGAGAACUACAUGAAGUGCGUGUCCGUCCUGCGCUUCGACUCCUCGGCGCCCUUCCUCAGCUCGGCCACCGUGCUCUUCCGGCCCAUCCACCCGGUCACCGGCCUGCGCUGCCGCUGCCCGCCCGGCUUCACCGGCGACUACUGCGAGACCGAGAUCGACCUGUGCUACUCCAGCCCCUGCGGCCCGCACGGCCACUGCCGCCGACGGGAGGGCGGCUACGCCUGCGAGUGUCUGCAGGGCUACACAGGAGAGCACUGUGAGGUGAGCAUGCACUCGGGGCGCUGCGCCAGCGGCGUGUGCAGGAACGGGGGCACCUGCGUGAACCUGCUCAUCGGCGGCUUCCACUGCGUGUGUCCCCCUGGCGCCUACGAGCGGCCCUACUGUGAGGUGGCCACGCUCAGCUUCCCCGCCGGCUCCUUCGUCACCUUCCGCGGCCUGCGCCAACGCUUCCACUUCUCCAUCUCCCUCACGUUUGCCACCCAGGAGCAGAACGCGCUGCUGCUCUACAACGGCCGCUUCAACGAGAAGCACGACUUCAUCGCCUUGGAGAUCGUGGACGCGCAGCUGCAGCUCACCUUCUCGGCAGGAGAGACGACCACCACUGUGGCGCCUGAGGUUCCCGGGGGCGUGAGUGACGGGCGGUGGCACUCGGUGCUGGUGCAGUACUACAACAAGCCCCACAUCGGCCGCCUGGGCCUGCCCCACGGGCCGUCGGGAGAGAAGGUGGCCGUGGUGUCCGUGGACGACUGUGACACGGCCGUGGCCGUGCGCUUCGGCCGCCUCGUGGGCAACUACAGCUGCGCCGCGCAGGGCACGCAGAGCGGGUCCAAGAAGUCGCUGGACCUGACGGGCCCGCUGCUCCUCGGGGGCGUCCCCAACCUGCCCGAAGAUUUCCCAGUGCACAACCGGCAGUUCGUGGGCUGCAUGCGGGACCUGGUGGUGGACGGCCAGCGGGUGGACAUGGCCAGCUUCAUCGCCAACAAUGGCACCAGCGCAGGCUGUGCGGCGCGGAGGGACUUCUGCGAGGGGAGCUCGUGCCAGAACGGCGGCACCUGUGUCAGCAGGUGGGGCACCUACCUGUGCGCCUGCCCCCUGCGCUUCGGCGGGAAGAACUGCGAGCAGGCGAUGCCGCACCCCCAGCACUUCAGCGGGGACAGCGUGGUGGCCUGGAGGGACCUGGACGUGACGGUGUCGGUGCCCUGGUUCCUGGGGCUCAUGUUCCGGACCCGCAGGGACGGGGUGCUGCUGGACGCCACGGCCGGCACGUCCUCCCGGCUCUUGCUGCAGAUCCUGGACAACCAUAUCCACUUUGAAGUGUCCCACGGCUCCGCGGAUGUGACGUCCCUGCAGCUGGCUCGGUCGCGUGUGACGGACGGCGUGUGGCGCCACCUGCUGGUGGAGCUGCGGAGCGCCAAGGAGGGCAAAGACAUCAAGUAUCUGGCCGUGGUGACCUUGGACUAUGGCAUGGAGCAGGGCGCCCUCCAGAUCGGCAACCAGCUGCCGGGGCUGAAGAUGAGGCGUGUGGUCGUGGGGGGCGUGUCUGAGGACCAGCUGUCCGUGCGCCAGGGAUUCUGGGGCUGCAUGCAGGGGGUGAGGAUGGGGGAGACAGCCACCAACCUGGCCACCCUGAACAUGAAGGACGCCAUCAAGGUCGGGGUGAAGGACGGCUGCGACCCAGCUGACCCCUGCGGCUCCAGCCCCUGCCCCCCACACAGCCGCUGCCACGACGUGUGGGACAGCUACGCAUGCGUGUGCGACCGAGGGUACUUCGGGGACAAGUGCGUGGACGUGUGUGAACUGAACCCCUGCGAGAACGUGGCCGCCUGUGUGCGCACCCCCAGCGCCCCGCAGGGCUACGUGUGCGAGUGUGGGAGCAGCCACCGGGGGCGCUACUGUGAGAACAGGAUCGACCUUCCCUGCCCCCGAGGCUGGUGGGGGAACCCCGUGUGCGGGCCGUGUCUCUGCGCCGUGGACAAGGGCUUCGACCCCGACUGCAACAAGACCAGCGGGCUGUGCCAGUGCAAGGAGAACCACUACCGGCCGCCGGAGCAGGACGCGUGCCUGCCGUGCGAGUGCUUCCCCGCGGGCUCGCACAGCCGUGCCUGCCACAGCGACACGGGCCAGUGCGCCUGCAAGCCUGGCGUCGUGGGCCGCCAGUGCAACCGCUGUGACAACCCUUUCGCCGAGGUCACCGUGCGCGGCUGUGAGGUCAUCUACAACGGCUGUCCCCGAGCGUUCGAGGCUGGCAUCUGGUGGCCGCAGACCAAGUUUGGGCAGCCAGCCGCGGUGCCCUGCCCCAAGGGAUCUGUGGGAAACGCCGUGCGGCACUGCAGCGGGGACAGGGGCUGGCUGCCCCCCGAGCUCUUCAACUGCACCAGUAGCGCCUUUGUGGAGCUCAAGGCCAUGAACGAGAAGCUGAGCCGCAACGAGACGCAGAUGGACAGUGCCCGGGCGCUGCAGCUGGCACGAGCACUGCGCAACGCCACGCGGCACACGGCCGCGCUCCUGGGGGACGACGUCCGCACGGCCUACCAGCUGCUGGCCCGCGUGCUGCAGCACCAGAGCGGUCGGCAGGGCUUCGAGCUGGCCGCCACGCAGGACGCCCGCUUCCACGAGGACGUGGUGCAGACGGGCAGCGCCCUCCUGGACCCCGGCACGCGGGCGUCGUGGGAGCAGAUUCACCGCGUGGAGGGCGGCACAGGCCAGCUGCUUCGCCACUUCGAGGCCUACUUCAGCACCGUGGCCCGCAACGUGCGGCGGACGUACCUGCGGCCCUUCGUCCUGGUCACCCCCAACAUGAUCCUGGCCGUGGACGUCUUCGACAAGCUCAACUUCUCGGGCGCCCGCAUGCCGCGGCUCGACGGCAUCGGCCAGGAGGUGCCACAGGGCCUGGCAUCCUGCGCCGUCUUCCCGGCCGACUUCUUCACAGCACCCGUGAGGAGAGAGGGUCCCACCACGAGGCCUGCCGGCAGGAGGGACGCGUCCCCACAGACGGCGCACCCAGGGCCCAGCACCGAGACCGCAGUCCCUCCCGGGCGGCAGAGGAGGCACCCGGAGGAGCCGGGCCAGGUUGCCGUGGGCCUGGUCAUCGUCUACCGGACGCUGGGCCAGCUCCUGCCCGAACAGUACGACCCUGACCGCCGCAGCCUGCGGCUGCCCAACCGGCCGGUCAUCAACACGCCGCUGGUGAGCGCCGUGGUGCACAGCGAGGGCGGCCAGUGGCCACUGGACAGGCCACUGCUGCUGGACUUUGCCCUGCUGGAGACCGAGGCCCGCACCAAGCCCGUCUGCGUGUUCUGGAACCACUCAGUCACGGGCACUGGCGGCUGGUCGGCCCGGGGCUGUGAGCUGCUCUCCCGGAACCGGACGCACGUCACCUGCCGCUGCGGGCACGCCGCCAGCUCCGCGGUGCUCAUGGACAUCUCCAGGCGCGAGCACGGGGAGGUGCUGCCCCUGAGGGUGGUCACCUACGCCGCCGUGGCCCUGUCGCUGGCCGCCCUGCUGCUGGCCUUCGUCCUGCUGCUGCUGGCCCGUGCGCUGCGCUCCGUGCUGCUCGGCAUCCACAGGAACCUCGCCGUGGCGCUCUUCUUCUCGCAGCUGGUGUUCGUGGCGGGGAUCACGCAGACCCAGAACCCGUUCCUGUGCACGAUCAUCGCCAUCCUGCUGCAUUUCGUGCACAUGAGUGCCUUCGCCUGGACGCUGGUGGAGAGUCUGCACGUGUACCGCAUGCUCACCGAGGCCCGCAACAUCGACGCGGGGCCCAUGCGCUUCUACUACGUCGUGGGCUGGGGCCUCCCGGCCAUCAUCACGGGGCUUGCGGUGGGCCUGGACCCCCAGGGCUACGGGAACCCCGACUUCUGCUGGCUCUCCCUGCGGGACGCCCUCAUCUGGAGCUUCGUGGGGCCCAUCGGCGCCGUCAUCAUUGUGAACUCGGUCCUCCUGGUGCUCUCGGCCCGCGUCUCCUGCCAGAGGAAGCGCCAGUACUACGAGCGGAAGGGGGUCGUCGCCCUGCUCAGGUCCGCCUUCCUCCUGCUGCUGCUGGUCAGCGCUGCCUGGCUGCUGGGCCUCGUGGCCGUCAACAGCGACAUGCUGGCCUGUCACUACCUCUUCGCCAUCUUCAGCUGCCUGCAGGGUGUCUCCGUGCUUCUGUUCCACUGCGUCCUCAAUGCCGACGUGCGCCGACACCUGAAGGGGGCGCUGUCCGGGAGGAAGCUGCACCCCGACGACUCGGCCGCCACCAAGGCCACGCUGCUGACGCGCUCCCUCAACUGCAACAACACAUACAGCGAGGAGCCGAAUGUGCUGCGCACGGCCCUGGGCGAGUCCACCGCCUCACUGGACAGCACUGGCAGGGAUGAAGGUGGCCCCAAGCUCAGUGCGUCUGGCGGGACGGCACGGGGUGGACAUGGGGAGCUGGACGCGCCCUUCGUGGCCCGUGGCAACAAGAAGGCCCAGGGCCACAACUCGGACUCGGACAGCGAGUCGUCCCUGGACGAGCACAGCAGCUCCUACGCGUCGUCGCCCUCCUCGGACAGCGAGGACGACGGGCCCGAGGCCGAGGCCCCGCGGGGCCCCCUGCACAGCACCCCCAAAGUGGACGCCGUGGCCAACCACGUGGCUGCCGGCUGGCCCGACGAGAGCCUGGGCGGGAGCGACAGUGAGGACGCAGGCGAGAGGCCGUGCCUGCGCGUGGAGACCCGGGUCAGCGUGGAGCUGCACCCCGAGGGCGCGCCCCCCGCAAGGCCCCCGGAGCAGAGGAAAGGCAUCCUGAAGAACAAGGCCACGUACCCGCCUCCGCUCACCGAGACGCCGCUCCGGGCCCGGCUGCGGGAGAAGCUGGCCCAGAGCCCCGCGACCUCCCGCACACCCUCCCCCGGCCCCGCCGACAAGGACCCCGGCAAGGACCCCGGAGGGGAGCCGGGGCGCGAGCACCUCAACGGGGCGGCCAUGAGCGUGCGGGCCGGCAGCGCCCAGGCCCGCGGCUCUGGGUCCGAAGGCAGUAACGAAACUUCAAUCUGAACCACCAGGAAGGUGUGAAGCCGCCUCACCCCUCAGACAGGCCCCAGCCUCGCUCCCACAGGAGCCCCUCGGCCACCCCCCGACUCAGGGCCGGGUGGGCUGUGCGACAGGUGCCAAAGACCGCAGGCAAGAGGGCCAGGACAGCGAGCCG